ACAGGUAAAAUGCUACCCGCAUUUUUUUGGAAAUUGUUUUCUCUAUAAAUGAUUUUUCUCAAUACACAAUGAAUACAAGUAAAUCUAGGAGGAUAGACAUGGACAAAGUUUUAUGCUUAUAUAACAUAUCUUCAUAGCUUUCUUAUGAGGGCAGCAUCAGUGUACCAUCAUGCUUUUAAAAGCAGGUGCCAUUAGUUAAUGUGCUUUUAUGUAGUAUUUUUCUUGCAUUACACCCACUCUAGAGAGGAAUGCACAAAAAUAUACAAAUGAUCUGAAAUAUACAAAUGCAAACGACAUAUUUAAUAUAUAUAUAUAUAUAUAUAUAUAUAUAUAUAGAUCAGAGUUUAACAGGAAGAAAGUAUUUACAUAAAAAUUUACAUAAAUCUUCCUAGACUUUGAAUAGAUGCCAAAUGCCACAGGGCCAUAGCAAAUAGUCACACUCAGUAGAUCGUAGAAAGUAUUGUUUUUUCAGGGAGUGUAUUUAGAGCAGAACGUUAAAUUUAAUUUUACAACUCUUAAGUCGAAAUGUGAACACCUGGGGGGAUCCUUGGGAAGUCACUGUCGCAUGAUUUGGUGACGGAAAACUUAUGCGUCCGAGAGGAAAGUCAGGAACCAACUGUAAACUAGCAGGUAACUAAAAUUAAAUACGAGCGUCAGCUAAUGUUAAUUUCAACCAGAGCAAACGUAACACGCAUUAAAUAUAAUGUACUAGGACCGCAUUAGCUGAGUGUUACGCCGAGCUAAUUAUAGUUUUUGACUACUUGAGGAAAAGUUGGCCGGUUGACGUUAGCGAGGCCAGCUAGCAGGUGAAUGCUAAAGUGUAGCUAGCUGUUAGCAGAGAGGCUCCCACUUGUUGCUGCAUGACAGUUGAGUUUUACAAGUUAAACGGCAACGUUAUCCAACUCUUUUUGUUUCUUUACACGUUUGUCUUUCAUCAGUAAAGGCUGGAGCAGUGGAACAACACACGACGUACUUUUGUGCUUUGACCAAACGCAUCGGAGCCCUCAGUUUUAAGCCUCGUGCUGGCAAUGGGGGACAUGAAGACCCCAGACUUUGAUGAUUUGCUGGCAGCUUUUGAUAUUCCUGACAUUGAUGCCAAAGAAGCCAUCCAGUCAAGUCCAGAGGAGGAAAGGGAUGAGGUGGGGAUUAAUGCAGAUGGGGGAAAUAGUGGGUCUCCGUCAUGCUUUCCCUGCUCUCCUGCCUCACACAGCGACCGCCCUGUGGUCAGCGUUAUUGUGAAGAACACAGUGCGGUCUGAGUCUUUUGAAGAGGAGGAGAAGUCUGGCAGCGAUAAAACUGACAAUCCUACAUGUGGUGAUGUAGCCCCUCAGGUUCAGGUCAAGUUGGGUGACCUCACCUCACAGCUUGGACCCAAACUGCCUGCCGAGGAGCCCCAGAUUUCCAAUGGCUUUGAGGGCUCUGUCCCCAGGGAUCCAGGAGUGUGCAACACAGAACCAUGGUCCCUGCAUUCACCACUGAAGUCCACACUGAAUGAUAAUGAGAGUGACAGUGAUAGAGGAGCCGAGGUUGGAUCGAUCCAGCACACCACUGAUGUCAUGAACAGUUUGAAGCCCCUUCUCUUUCCCCAGUCUCCGACCAGUGCCAGUCCCAACCCCUCAACUACUCCUUCUCCUCAUUCUGUCAGCCCUCACCUUUCUCCUCACUCGCCUCAGAAAGAAGAAGCUGGUCUCCUUGGUAAUUCUUCAUCUUCCCCUUUACCACAAAAUGGAAAUAUUAAAGCUGAAAUUAAGCAUGUCAUGCACUCAGAUGAUGAUGACUCAGAACCAGACUUAGGAAGUCCGCUGGUGAUCCAAGAGAGCCCAGACACUCUAAUGUCCUCCCCACCCAAAUUUAAACUACGGCCUGAGCUGCUUGGGUCUCCUGAAACCAUUUGUCAUCCUCCUCAUCUCUCCUUUUCUCUGGCAUCUGCAAAGCCUAAACCCCCUCUUGAGGAUGAGGGGCAGCCUACCACCCUGAGUUCUCCUUCUGGAGCUCCUCAGCCUCAGAGCCCAGAGGACCGCCUCCCCUCUGUCAGCACGAGCUCUGCAUCAACCCAAGAAGAGAAAUACCCAGAGCAUGUGAUUGAUGAGAGGGACUCUCCUGAGAGCCCACCCCCUAGUGAGACAGGUCUUGUGGUCCCCAACAGAAGCAGCAGCCCCGAUUUGACCCAAACACCAACGGUGAACCACAAGGACUCUCCUCACCAAAAGGAGCUCAUGGAAAGUGAGCCUAGCAGAGAGGACAGGCCAGGUGACACUGAGAAGCUGAGUGAAAAGAUGGCUGAAGGUGAGGAAAAUUUAAAGGAGGAGAACAAUGGUGUUGGCACAUCAUCUGAGGAUGCUGUGUCUGCUAGUGCUGCAGAGACAGAUUCAUCUCCACUGCGUCCCCUCAAAGUUAAAAUCAAAAUGUCUACAGGAAGCAUCACAAGAACCGUGACUGGGGUGGCACCUAAAAGAAGCGCAAGAGCCACCUCUAGGGCUGUGGGUAGUUCAAAACCUUCACCAGAACGUCAUAACACAAAAUCCAAGAGGGAAUUAUCACAGCAGUCUCAGGCACCUGCAGCAGCGAUGCUCCAAGAUGUGCGUGCUGCAGCACCAGAAGGCGCCAGUGCAAUUAAACAGAAAUCCACAGGGGUCACCAAAACGAAAGUUUCUCCCACAGCUGUCAGCAUUACAAAAACUGCAACCCUGCCCUCUGUCGCCAUCUCAUCCCCCAGAGUCAGCCCAGGCGGGAUCAACCUGCGCAGCCUGGGCCAGAAGACUCUCAACAGUGGGAUGAUACAUCCUGCUCCGUCGUCCCUCGUCCCUCAAAGUGGCAGCAGACCAGCAUCUAUAGUCAACAACACUGGGGCAAUCAUAUCAAAGAGCCAAACCAACCUAGUAGAAGCUUUUAACAAAAUCCUGAACAACAAGAACCUGCUUCCUAGUUAUAAACCAGACCUGACGUCGCCUCUUCCUGCAGAGUGGGGCAUUCCUCUGCCUGCACAGGGUUACCGCUGUUUGGAGUGUGGUGAUGCCUUUGCCUUGGAGCAGAGUUUGGCGCGACACUACGAUCGACGCUCGCUGAGGAUCGAAGUGACUUGUAACCACUGUGCCAAGCGCUUGGCCUUCUUCAACAAAUGUAGCCUCCUUUUACACGCCAGAGAGCACAAGGAGAGAGGCCUGAUCAUGCAGUGUUCACACCUGGUUAUGAAACCUGUACCCGUGGAGCAGAUGAUUGGCCAGCAGGAACCUACGGCAAUUGGUGUGCUCUCUCCAUCUCUCUUGUCAUCCUCUUCAGCACCAUCAUCAUCCUCUUCAGGGUCGGUCACCCCGAACCCAACACCCCAGUCACAUCAAGCCGUACCCAACAAGAAGGGAGAAGAAGUGCAGUACACGACUAAUAAAUGUCCUGAGUGUCUGACUCAGUUUAGCAGCAAAGAAGAGGUGGCUGAGCACUUUCAAGAAAUCAAACCAGCACACACUACUCCUUGCACAGAGUGCUCUCCGCCUAUGCUCUUGCCCAACAGUUGCAGUGCAGCAGCUCAUCAACGCAUCCACCAAGGCUGCCUGCCACAUGUGUGCCCAGAGUGUGGGGGCACGGCCAAGCAGCCGCUAUUUCAGACACAUCUGGACAAGACCUGUUUGCACUUUGCCCGCCGCAUCGGAUACAGAUGUUCCAGUUGCCUGGUGGUGUUUGGAGGGCUGAACUCAGUGAAGUCUCACAUCCAGCAGGCUCAUUGCGAUAUGUUCCACAAAUGCCCCAGCUGUCCCAUGGCUUUCAAAUCUGCCCCCAGCAUUCAGAACCACAUCACUGAUCAACAUCCAACACUCACUGAUGGACAGGCGAUGUUGAUCUAUAAAUGUGUCAUGUGUGACACAGUUUUUACCCAAAAGCCCCUGCUAUACAUCCACUUUGACACUCAUUUAACCAACCAGAAGGUGCAUGUAUUUAAAUGCCCUGAAUGCACCAAGCUGUUUUCGCAGAGGAAUUCCCUACUGGACCAUAUCAAGACGCACAAGACUUCCACAUCAAAACAAGAGUUGCCUUUGCCGCCUGCGGCUUCCUCUCGUUCACGGCCCUCAGUGAAGUUAGAGAGCUCAGAUGGGGAGGAGUGGAUAGAUAAAGAUAAAGAAGAGAAGGCGAAGACAGAGAGGAUGAAGACCCCCUCAGGGUGGAAGUGCGCACCCUGCCACGCACGCUACACAGACCGGGAAGACUACAUCACCCACAUGGCCGAACAGCAUGGCAAGGUUCUGAAGAAGUUUCCUUGUAACAAAUGUGAGAGCUCCUUCACUACGACUUCCAGUCUGCGACGUCACAUCAGAGACAAACACAAAAUGAUGAAUCGUGGCUUCCGCUGCCAGUUCUGUACUGAGAGUAAGAAAACAUUCAGCAGCAGGACGAUGUUGGAGAGGCAUAUUCAGCUGAGACACAGCAUCAACGCUAUUAGCCAGGACAGACUGGGAGAUGGAGAUGAAGCUGACAGCUCCUCAGAACAGGAUGGUAGUUUGGGGGCUCGUCGGAGACGGAGAGGAGCCGUGAAGAUGGAGCACGAUGAGGAAUCCACAGAUGGGAUGAGUCCAGUGAAGAGGUUGCGGGCCUCCUCCUCUGCAUCCGCUCCAUACCCGCCUCCUGACUCUGGGUUUCGCUGUGCGCCCUGCGGUUUCACCACAGAGGACCAGACAUCAUUCCUGGAGCACAUCAGCCAGCACAGGCGAGGAGGGACAGAGGGCGGUGGUCUGCAGUGUCUGCAGUGCGGCGCCUGCUUCACAUCUACCUCCUCCCUAUCACGCCAUCGCUUCAUCACCCACAAAGUGAGAGAUGCAUUCACUGACAACCAGCAAGCUCUCAGCAUGCACCCAGCACCUUCCCCUGGUAACAGCAGAAACCACGAUGAGAAGAGUUCUCUUGAUUGUUCUGCACCAGCAUCACCCUCCUCUCAGUCCUCCAUAGCUCAGGGGAAGGAAGAGGAGGGCACACUGGCCUGUAAGGUUUGUGGUAAACACUUUGAGAAGGCAACUGAUCUGAAUACGCAUUUCAGAACUCAUGGUAUGGCUUUUAUCAAUGCAAGGAACGCAGGGAAAACUACCUAAAAUGGCAGAUUCGAGGGGAAGAUUAAUGUCAGUUGGUGAUAUAAUUUGCAAGUGCCUUUUUUAUUGUCAGCCUCUCAUUACAAUGUUGGUUUGUACACCUAUGCACUAAUGUAACCAAAGAUUGCUAGAAAUGAGUUUUUAUGUGAAUGGAUUGUAAAACAAUCAAACACGAUUCUCACUGGUGGAGACAGCCUUAACCUUCUGACAUUCAGGAUCUAAUGCUGCAUUUCUGUGCUCAGUAAUGAUACUAAUGAGAUUAGAGCUACUGCCCAGUCAGUGGACACUUAGUCUGACUCGUUCACUGCUGUGACCACAUUCACAUGAUAAUGUGCCAGUAGAGAACUGUGAAUGUGAAAACCAAAUCCUACUGUGAUCAUGACGGCGAUAGACAGCGAUGGAAUGUGUCUGCUUUUGAUUUCAAUACUUUCAUUCAUUCUACUGAGGAGACUGUUGAAUAACAGCCCAGGUGGGUUUUUUUCCACCUGGGCUGGUUCUAUCCAGUGUGUGUACUUUAAACUCACUGCCAGCCAUUUUCUAGACCAUACAGUAACAAUUUAGAUUGAGUCCCAACUUUAAAAGCAGCCACUGGCUUCCAUGCAUUUUAGUGUGUUAAUGAGAUUUGUAAUAGAGGUAAUCAAAUUAUCUCUAUGUACUAACAGAGAGGAAAUUUAGUACUAUAAAAACUGUAACGUUGGAAGAUACCAGGUUAAUUACUCCCACUCAGACUUCUCAAACCUGCUAUAUUUUGGAAUAUAUAUUUCCACGGAACAAAGACUGUAGAUUUUGUCCCCCAUCAUUCUCACUGAAAUCAUCUUAGGAAGGGUUCUCUUCAGGGCCUGUAUGGACAGGAAAAGGAAUAAUUACAGUGACCUAUAACUCUUAAAAUAGCUACAAUAUGUCUGUAUAGUUUUAAGACAGACUUGGAAAAAUGUGUAUCUAUUGCUAUUAAAUGUUUGCCAUUACUGAUAACCUUUCUCACCAAGUUAAAAGUCCCUGCAUAUUUGUUAUUUAUCUCAUCCUGAAAUGAAUGUUGACCACUAACUUUCUUAAAUAGAAACUGAAUCUUUAAACUUUAGUCGUAAAUCUUGGGAAAUGGUCAGCAAUAAUCUGGCAUAUACACACUUUGUAAUUAUUGGCCUGAAACUUUCAAAACCAUUGAAAUUAACAUUUAAUAUCUUUUCAAAGGAAAUGUACUGUAUUUUCAUCAGAUUAAUUGAUUUGUUCCCUCUCUGUGAGCAAGAGAUGGAAGUAAAAUUAUAUAUUUUGGCUUCUUGGCACGCAGGCAUAUGUCUGUAAAGCUUGCUUACUGUACAAGUGUAUAAUCAGUGUGUAUGUGAUUAUGUAUUUGAUGAGUCUUUCUUCAGUCUGUGGCACUGCUAAAAAGAAAAAAGAGACUUUGAAUAUAAUCAGUGUUCUAGCAUUGAUUAGCACAGAUCAGAUUGUGUUAUUGAUGGGCUGGUGUCAAAUCAGAAUCUAUAUCAACACAGACAUACAUGAACCUGGACUGAAAUUGAAAAGUCAGAGCUGUUUAACAAAACUGUUGCAUGAUACAAAACAUUUGAGAGGAGAGAAAAUUCAGUAGAGAUACUGUAUUCUGUUGUGGGUGCUUUUGAGUGCUGUGUUUAGAUUUAAAGGACCAGUGUGUUACAUAUACAGGGAUCUAUUGGCAGAAAUGGAAUAUUAUAUACAUAAGUAUGUUUUUAUAAGUAUGUUUUUAUUAGUGUAUAAUCACUUAAAACUAAAAAUCAUGUUUUUGUUACCUUAGAGUGAGCCAUUUACAUUUCUCAGAGUCCAUCAUGUUGUGUCACCUUGUAGCCCAUAACAGAAAAAACAAACAAAUCAGUGGCUUUUUUCACAGUUUAAUGUUGACACAGCAGCUUUUUAGAAGAAAGGAGAGCGUACACUUGCUAUAGCUACUACCCAUAGUUUUACAGACCAACAGCUAAAUACAUUAUCUAAAUAUAGCUAUAUAACUAACCUCUUCACUUGACAGACUAGUUGAUGCGGUAGUUCACACCAUUUAGUCACCUGACAGCCACCUUAGACUGUCCAACUUACUUGGAAACAGAGGAGUUAGGGGACGGGGAUUCAGUUGGUUUCAAUCUGCAUUCUCACCGCUAGAUGCCACUAAAUCCCACACACUGGUCUUCAAGUUCUUUGUUUAGUGGCACCCUUUUUUAACUGGUUAUGUUGUGUCUUACAAACUUCUGGUUCACAGAAAUGUCUCACAUCAUAGAAUCCAUAGACUGAGUAAAUAUCCAUGUAUCGAUAUCACUGGGUUUAAAAAGAGCUAUCCCAUUAAUGUGCUGUAGUCAUCAGUGACCUGUGUGCAUUUGUGUUUACUUUCUCAGGAGAUUAUCCACUGCUUUAACACACAUUGUCCCAUUUAACUUUUUCAGUGUUUGCAUUGACGAGACCAUGUCUAACCAAAUGUUUAUUAAAAAGAUGAAUAAAAACUG